AUGCUGACACAGUUUUGGGUCCUGAGACAGACUGCGCGGCCAGGGGGCAGCCGCAGCCGACACCUUGAAGCGGAUCCUCCUGAGGGCAUCCGGCGCAACGGUCGUACCAAGACUAUCAGUGAUGAAUCCAACUUAGCCAGCGCAGAGAGGGGCAGUCCAGAUGAAGAAGCUCGUCACAGCGAUGGCUUUGCAAAUCGGCGUGCUGAAGGGUGGAUGGCCGGUGGCCUUGUUGGCCGCUUCAAGCAGAACUGCCGGGAGCUGAAGGAGUACAUAGAGAUGAAUGGCAAACUUCCAACCGCGACGCGAACCAAGGGCGACUCUUCUGGCCCUCGACUGGCGACGUGGUUGCGGAAGGUUCGAGCGAAUGGAGUUCUGCCUGAGAGGAAGAUGCUGGAGGAAGUGCAUCCUUUAGUGAAAGAGCUCCUCCAGAAACGGGACGACAAGGCUGUAAAGAUUGACCUGGCACGAUGGAAAAAACAGCUGGAGAAAGUCCUCCACAUCGUGGAGAAGCAUGGGGGGCUCCCAAAAUUCACGACUGAGAGAAUGUUGUACCAGUGGCUCCGGACGCAGCUCCGACGACUCGACGCUCUGCCGCCUGAGUUGGCAAA